AUUAUUUUCCACGUACGAAAACUCUAGCCUUGUUCAUCAACCUUUUAUUUUUCCCCUCAAUUGUUUGUUUGUUGUAGUUUAACAUCAAAUCAAUUUUGGUUUUUCAACAGAAAAUUUCUCCCAUUUUUCACCUUUCCUGCUGUAUGUAUCGUAUAUUCGUAUCUACUGCCACUAUUCAACCAUUUAUCUUAAUCUCACCGUCACCGACACCAACGAUCCUACGUCAUCACCACCGUUUCAAGAUCUCCACAUUGCAGGUCUCCAUUCACUCAACUUUUCAACUCAGAUCUCUCGAAUUAGGUUCCAAUUAUUACACCGCUGCGGUUAUUGCCAAAUUGGAUGGGGACCGGUCCUUCAACGCCGCGGUGGGGCGGCGAGGUGUCGCAGGACACGGCUGAGUUUCUAAUCGGAACAUUCGUUGGCGGUAAAACAUUUCCGUUAAACUCUGAUUACUGGCAGAAGUUACUGGAGCUUCCGUUUGAUCUCCAUUGGCCUGCUAAUCGUGUUCAACAAGCUUGCCACACAUUCGCACAGAACAAUAGUUCUACUAGGCACCUUGCAAAGAUCUUGGUUCACUUAACGUGGUGUUUGCAAGAGUCGCUGUCUAACCCUGAUUCGGCGGCUUCGAUGAAGGCUGUAAAUGCAUCGUACAUAUCAUCUGUUUUUUUAAAGUAUUCAAUUGAAAAUUUGAAAAGUGAGAACCUUGAAGAUUUGUAUUUGUCUCUAGACGAGAAUGAGACGGUACCCGACAAUAUGCAUAAAGAUGAGAACAUCAUAAAUAUGGUUAUGCAUGCUGUGCUUAGCUAUAUUGGCAAAGUGGAUGUAAGUCCCAAGACGUAUCUCCUGCAUCAUGAACUGUUGAACUUCAUGCUCAUUGCUAUGUCUACCCAACUUCUUUCCGGGCCAUCACCUGGACCGAAUGAUGUUCACCCUUUCCUUGAUGCAGCUAUGAGUCAGGAAAGUUCUUUGGUAGGUUUAGUUGUUCAUAAACUGCUGCUUAACUACAUCUCACGCCCAAGAUCCAAAAGCAGUGCAUCUUAUACUUUAAUGUCUGAAGAAAAUCAGCUUGGUGUACUGAAGAGAGUUGGUUCCGCUGCUGCAAAUAUAGUUUUAUAUCCACUCAGCUACUUUGUCAAUUCAAGUGUUGAAGCUUCUAGAAGUCAACUGGCUGACAGCAGUAUCAAUAUACUACUUCUUCUCAUUCAUUAUCGUAAAUGCAUUCUUGUGGAAUCUGUUAAAAACAGCAACACUAGUGUCACUUCCGAGUCUCUUCUGAAAGACGAAACGUAUUUUGCUGAAAACCCAUAUUGCAAAGCCUUGGAAAAUGUUAGGGAUGUUGAGUUUGAUCGGGUGGAUAUCGAGGGAAAUGCACAUAGCGGUCCAGUUGUGAGACUGUCGUUUGCUUCUCUCUUUGACACACUUGGCAUGUGCUUGGCUGAUGAAACCGCAGUUCUGCUACUGUAUGCGUUGGUUCACGGGAAUUCAGACUUUCUGGAAUAUGUUCUCGUUCGAACUGAUAUAGACACAUUGUUGAUGCCGUUGUUGGAGACACUUUACGAUGCUUCAAGGAGAACAUCAAAUCAAAUCUAUAUGGUGCUGAUUAUUCUACUUAUACUUAGUCAAGAUUCUUCUUUUAACGCUAGCAUACACAAGCUGAUUUUGCCUUCUGUUCCAUGGUAUCAAGAACGCCUUCUUCAUCAAACAUCUCUCGGUUCUCUCAUGGUCAUCAUUCUAAUUCGGACAGUGAAGUAUAACAUGUCUAAGAUGCGGGAUGUUUAUCUACAUACCAAUUGCCUUGCAGCUUUGGCUAACAUGGCGCCACACGUGCAUCGGCUAAGUUCAUAUGCAUCACAACGCCUGGUUAGCCUUUUUGAUAUGUUGUCACGCAAAUAUGCAAAACUAGCAGAGCAAAAGAAUGAUAAAAUGCAAAUGAGCGAUAGUGACCCCAAAGACGAUGAUAAACUUCCUGAGGACACGUCAGCAGAAUUGCACAUAUAUACCGACUUUCUGAGGAUCGUAUUGGAAAUACUAAACGGAAUCCUGACUUAUGCACUGCCGAGAAAUCCAGAGGUGAUAUAUGCAAUUAUGCACAGGCAGGAGGUUUUUCAACCUUUCCGGAAUCAUCCACGCUUCAAUGAGUUGUUGGAGAACAUAUUUUCUGUGUUGGACUUUUUUAACAGCCGUAUGGACGCACAAAAGUUGGAUGGAGAAUGGUCGGUUGAGAAAGUGCUUCAAUUAAUCAACAUAAACUGCAAAUUUUGGCGAGGUGACGGCAUGAAGAUGUUCACGCAACUACGGUUCACGUACGAGCAAGAAAGCCACCCCGAAGAGUUCUUCAUUCCAUAUGUGUGGCAGUUGGUAAUCGCUCGCAGUGGUUUCAGUUUCGAUCCAAGUAGCAUAAACUUAUUCCCAGUCGAGCUGCCUGUGGAGGUCAGCUAUGCUCCUGGGGAGAUCAAUAAAGACCAAAAAAUGCAGUUAAAUGUGAAGGAUGCUGUGGAAUCAUCUGUUUAGAAGAACACAAUCGUUUUUAUGUACAUAUAUAUAGAGAGAAAAAUAAAUACUUACAAAUAAAUAAAUGUAUAUGAAUUGUGAAUUUAUAACACAAAUUUUUUUGACAAAA